AUGGACGACGCAUAUUCGUUUCCAGAGAUGCACCCAACUGCUGGCUACUUUUUCUCUGAGGAGAUCAAUGUUCAUUUCAUGGCGUUAGAUGACUUUCAGUCGACACUACUUCAAGACUCUCCAGUUGAAAGUUCCUUCCAUUUAAAUCUUCCUACAGCUUCAAAAGACUCCAUCUUACCCUGUUCACAGUCGUCAUCCACGGUCUAUCUACCUCCUUGCGAUGGGCUUCUCGAGGACUACUCACCAAUAAUGAAACCAGAGAUCCCAUUAUUUACCACCACCGAUGAUCAUAUCUUGAAUAAGCUAGAGCCUGCACCUGAUGAUCUGUUGGACAGCACCGACUUACAACCGUUGCCGGUAUACGUCAUCCAUGACGACACCAUCAGUGAUGACGAGGACAAGGAGCGACUUCGACGUCGCCAACGCGGAUACGAGAAACGCUAUCGAGGACGCAAACGACGAGACCUUAAAGUGCAGCGGGAUAUGUGGCUAGCCCUCGAGAUGAAGUUGGAUGACGCCCGUAAGAAAUUUUGCAGACCUUAUGUCCGCACCAAGGCUAGAGAGAGCGACACGUUGCGCUGUAAAAUGUUGCGGCUAAAGCUCGAGGAGCGCGCUCUCCGACAGGACCAAAUUGCGAUGCGGUCACUCCAGUCAUGGGAAGAAAUCUCACGCAUCCGUGAGUACUCGGACAAAAGCCAGCUUCAUACGGCAAGCGAGUGGCGGCACAGUGCCGAUAAGGUCAUUGGCCGUUGCGCCGUGCUCGGCCCUCGUCAAUUCCACCCCUAUGCACCAAUCCAGCAGUGCCACUUCACGUGGUGA